CACCCGCUUUAUUUACCGGUCUUUUCUCUCAGUCUGUAAUUGAACUCCUCAAACUCAUCAAAAUCAUAUUUGGUUUGUCCAACAAUCCUCCACUUUCCAUGGAUUCUCUCCAGAAACUCUUCUUAUCAACUCUUCUCCUUCUCGUUGCGUCCGUUGGUGAAACACUAGGCGAUGCCAUGGUUACCGGCACCGUCUUCUGCGAUCAAUGCAGGGACGGUGAGAAAAGCCUUUUCGAUUACCCACUCUACGGGGUGAAGGUUACGGUCGUGUGUGGAGGAAGCAACGGGCAGGCGACGAUGUGGAAGGAAGAGACAACCAACUGGUUUGGGAAUUACGCCAUGAGAUUCGAAGGCACACCCGACUUAAGUGGUUGUUAUGCCCAGGUGUCCAACAGCGGCCAAGAUUCGCCAACCGGUUGUGCAGCAUCGGCGGGGCCUGCCCGGAACCUAAGGCUUAUGUUCAGGAUGUUUGAUAUGGAGCUUUAUACCGUGGAUUCCUUGCUCUCUCAACCUGCCCAACCCAUGUCCUUUUGCCCGAAAUCAGCCAACCCGGUACCUGUCCCGGUGGUCCCAAGGACUCCUCCUGUGGUGACACUGCCAAGUCCUCCAUCGGCCAGGUUCCCUCCGAUGCCGCACAUUCCUUUCUUUCAAGCUUCCGCCUGUCCCUCCCAGAACUGGAUGAUGCCACAGUACCAAUGUUACUGGAAGGUGGUGGAACCAGAUACAAAAGUAGCUGUUGCUUUCGGACUGAUCGCAGCAAGGAAAUAUGGGACCGACAUGACACUACGACAAGGGCUCCAAGGGAAGGGAGACCCGUACAGGACCCUUUUAAGAGAAGGAACCGCUGCACUUCUUAAUUCCUACAACAGCAUCAGGUUUACGUAUCAUACACUUGAGGUCAUCUCCCACAUGAACUGGGCCUUAAUGGGCUCUCCACGAGAGGUCCUCCUGACAGCAUUGCGAUUUAAGAGGGCCAACUCAGGCUUUGGCAGGGUACCCUGCGAUUUCACUCCCUGCAAAUAGUACUGAACAAGUGAAAAGUGAUGAGUGAACAUCUCCAUCUCCAAUUUUUAUAUGUAUGUCAUCUUAUUCUUUUUUUCUUAUAUAAUUUAUGAUAUUAUUGACAGUGUCAUUAUAGACACCGGAUCUCCUGCCCAAUACUAGUUCUCCAUGUGUGCCUGCAAUAAAUGUGGACAGGAGAUCCGAACUUUUCAAUACAGGGAUUACUAUAUCCGUGUAUGGGAGUUGAUGGGUUUGGUCUAUUAGGGCUGAAUCGAUUAAUCUACUAUGAGAUGUAAUUUGGGUUUUAAGGAAGAAAUGCGGAGUUAUGGCCUUUAUCUCAAUGAAGUAUAUUAUAAUUCA